ACUUUGGCGUGAUGGCGCGGAAAGUAGUCACCCUCCGCAGUUAACAUUAUUUUCUCCCUUGCGUGCUGUUUACAGUGUCUGCGGGUUCUAUUUAUCCUGGCCAUUUGGUUCAUCAUCAUUCAGUUAGUUGUUCGUGUCCAUUAAGUGCCCCGAAGUACAUGUUUGUACGUGAUUCGCCUGUCCGUCGUCUUAUUAUUCUGAACGUCUCUUCGUGGAGUCAUGAGUUUGUUGGAGGUGAAGUUUAUCGGGGACGGGGAUGUCCUUCAGCACAUCGUGGACAAACAAGAGGAGGUGCAAAGCAGUGCCGGCGCAAUUCAGAAGAUGGUCACGUUCAAAAACUCAGCAAGACGGCAAGCCAGAGAGGAUGAGCCACAAGCGAAGGAAGGGUUGGAAUUCAACAUCCUUGAUGAGAGAAGUUAUGUUCAAGCUCUUUGUGCGGACAGUACAGAAGAUGAUGAUGGUGGUAUGUCCAGAGUUGCAGGAGCGUCCAUUUUCACAUUUCAGAAAAACAAGCGCGGCCACAGCAUGGCGCAGACCGCCAGUGAACUGGCACACACUCCGGGGAAAGGUGUGAGCUUCGGCACAACUCCCAACAUGGAGCCCUCCACUCCUCAAUGGGCAGGCCGCAGCCACAAAGUUGAAAACCAAACACCCCAGAGGCGCAAAAGGGUGCAGUUUGUCUCCACGACACCCCACAGGCUGAGGAAGAGGAUGUCAACACCCAGCCUCCGAUCAGACAGCGACAGUGAGUUUUCGCCCUCCAACUCUGAGAACGAAGAGGAUGAGGAUGAAGUCAUUGUGGACGAAGAACAGAAAGUACAGAAAAACGACGGAAAGAAGAAGACCCCAAGAACCCCAAGUAAAGGAUUAUCCGCAGCGCUCUACAAGACGCCCGCCAAGAAGAGCAAGAACGCUCCUGAACCCGUCAACCAGUCCGCCUUGGUUCAGGAGUAUUUUGAGGCCCAUGGCAGCUCCAAAGUGUUAACGUCAGACCGCACGCUUGAUCGUUUGCACACACCUAAAUUAGACAGGGAAACUCUUCUUCAGCUUUUACAAAAAAAAUCAUCCUGCUACGCUAGCGAGAUCCAACACCUCCACAACAAACACAAAAACCACUUUAGCAAAUGGAUGCUACAGUUACAGUUGGGAUUUAGUAUCCUGCUGUACGGUUUGGGCAGCAAGAAAGACCUGCUGGAGGAAUUUCGUCUUUCUCACUUGUCUCAAGAGAUGCAUACAGUGGUUAAUGGAUUUUUCCCUUCCCUCACUCUGAAAUCGAUCUUGAACAGUUUAACAUGUGAGGUUCUUGAGCACCAAGGGAGUUUCCGAACACCCUCUGACCAGAUCCAGUACAUCUCCCAAACACUUAAAGACAGACCAGGUCUUCAGGUUUAUGUGUUGAUCAAUAAUAUUGAUGGACCAAUGCUGCGAGGAGAAAAGACCCAGAGUGCCUUGGGGCAGCUGGCAUCCCUGCCCAACAUUCACUUGGUAGCUACUAUUGACCACAUUAACGCUCCUCUCGUGUGGGACCAGUUUAAACAGAGCCAGUUUAACUGGCUAUGGUGGGAAUGUGUGACAUUUAAACACUACACAGAGGAGACAUCAUAUGAAAACUCACUGCUAGUGCAACAAACGGGCACUCUGGCUCUGUCUUCUCUUACACACGUUCUCCGCAGCUUGACCCCAAAUGCACGAGGAAUUUUCAAACUGCUGGUGAAAUUUCAGCUUGAAAACAAAGACGAUCCUUCAUACACAGGAUUGUCAUUCCAAGAUUUUUACCAGCGUUGUCGCCAGUCAUUCUUGGUGAACUCCGACCUCACUCUGAGGACUCAGUUGACAGAGUUCAGAGACCACAAACUGAUCCGGACACGAAAGGGUGCAGAUGGCGUGGAGUACCUGAUGGUUGCCGUGAAUGCAAACACAUUGUUGGACUACUUGGAGAAUGAGGAGGUGGACUGAAAAGCUCACUAAGUUGAAGUGAUUUUUCCAGCUCACAAAAAAAAAAAACAUUGCUUGUCAAAUAUAUUGUUUGAAUAGUCAGU